AUGUCUCAGAAGAUGCUUGAGGCUCUAAAAAAGAGAGUGGGAGGAAGCUUUGGCUUAUCUCCUCCGGCUAAGAAGUCCAAGGGCGGUGAGCCAACCCCGUCCAGAGAGAAGACACCAACUGAAAUGGUCAUUGCCCUCUCCAAGGAGCAAACCCUUACUGGUCUAAAGAUUACUUAUGCUUAUUCCCGAGCUAAGUCGGCUACCUCCAAGAAUGCUGCCAUUUCUAACACUAUGCGGGUGAAAGUUGACUUGGCCAGGAAGGAUGCCGAUGAAGCAAGGGUUCAGCUUGGGGCAAUCCGGAUAGAACUGGGAGAGGUCAACAAGAAACUUCUUACUGCUGAGAAGAAGGUGGCCAACCUGACCAAAGAUCUACAAUCCUCCAAUCAGCUUGAAGCCGCCAUUGCCUCCCUGUCUAAGGAUGUGAACAACCUUCAAGAGGAAAGGGAGGUUCUCCGGGCCGUUUUCCACAGGUUGGAAGAAGAGAAGAAGACUAAGGAGGAGGAGCUUAAAGUUGAGGUCGAGAAGUAUAAGUCAAAAGCUAGGCAGCAUAGAGCCCAAGUGGAGAGGCUUGGCGGGAAAAAUGCUCUAAAGAUGGCUUAUGCUUAUUCCCGAGCUAAGUCGGCUACCUCUAAGAAUGCUGCCAUUUCCAACACUAUGCGGGCGAGAGUGGACUUGGCCAACAAGGAUGCCAAUGAAGCCAGGGUUCAGCUUGGGCCUAUCCAGAUGGAACUAGGAGAGGUCAACAAGAAACUUCUAACUGCUGAGAAGAAGGUGGCCAAGCUGACCAAAGAUCUACAAGCCUCCAAUCAGUUUGAAGCCGCCAUUGCCUCCCAGUCUAAGGAUGUUAACAACCUCCAAGAGGAAAGGGAGGUUCUCCGGGCCGUCUUCCACAGGUUGGAAGAAGAGAAGAAGACUAAGGAGGAGGAGCUUUAA